AAUCCACCCACAGAUUUCAAUACAAAAUGCUGUAACGAAAUAUAAAGUUCCAUUCUGCUUAUAAGUUUAACGAUCUUUAUUUGUGUUUAAGUAUGUUGUAAUCAUUAAGAUUAUCAGUGAUGAGUGGUUCGAUGGUUGUCGAGGCUACUUCCACCAUAGACGAGGACCUCUAUGCAUUUAAAGAGGAGCCCGAGUCGUCAUCCAUAAGCUUGGAGGUCCAAGCGGAGGGCGCAGGUGCCGGGAGCGGGAAGGCGGCACCGCCGUGCAAGGUGUGCGGGGAUAAAGCUUCAGGAUACCACUACGGCGUCACUUCGUGCGAGGGCUGCAAGGGUUUCUUUCGGAGAAGUAUACAGAAGCAGAUCGAGUACCGGUGUCUCCGCGACGGAAAGUGCCUGGUCAUCCGCCUCAAUAGAAACCGGUGCCAGUACUGCCGGUUCAAAAAGUGUCUCGCGGUUGGCAUGAGCCGUGACUCUGUAAGGUACGGCAGAAUCCCGAAGCGACGUGACGUGACCACACCAGAAAGCAUGGCCGAUCUUGCAAAGAACCUGGCGAACACCGAGCCCGCGCCAUCCGCCGCUGCACAGCCCGAGCCAGAGCAAGACCCUGACGCGAUGGAGGCGUCUAAGGACCUCGCAAAAAUGGUCAUCAUGGCUCACCGCAAUUUGAAUUCCUACACUGAGGACUUUCGCAGGUCACUGCAGUUGCAGACUUUCAUCAUGAAAGUUGAUGAUAAUCGUGAAGGGCAAGCUGGAAGCAGUGGCAUCAAUGCCAGCACUAGCAACGCCAGCGCUGCAAACGUUGAAAACGCCGCCAGCGCUGCUAACGCCGCCAACGCUGAUAACGCCACUAACACUGCGAGCACCGGAAACUCCGCAGUUGCUUCAAGCAGCGCGGAGCCAGCUGCCAAACUGGAAUCUGCAGCUGACGAGGGUAGCGCCGCCGCCGUCAGCCGCCUCGAAACCCUUACAGUCCUCUGGUCUAACGUCGCCUACCGCAUGACUCCUGCUGUCCAACAAGUUGUCGAAUUUGCAAAACGCUUACCAGGGUUUCAUAUCCUGCCGCAAGAUGACCAGCUUAUUCUGAUCAAGCUUGGAUUCUUCGAGGUAUGGCUGACCCGCGCCACACGCAUCUCUAAUCCGACGGCUAUUGUCUUCGAUGACGGUACAUCGCUGAGCCACCGCCAACUUGAGUCAAUGUAUGACACUUCCUUUGCGACGGGAAUACUGUCGUAUGUUCGAGCAGUGAUAAACUUGGAGAUGACAGAUGACGAGGUUGCAAUCUUUACUGCCUGUCUGCUCGUCUCACCAGAACGCAACGGUCUCAGCGACCGCGAUCUAGUCGAAUCACUCUUGCGUAGCGUUAACGAAGCAUUCAUGUAUGUGAUGACCGAGAACGGAACAGCUAACGUCGCUAAUCGUCUGGAGUCAUUCCAUGCACUUGCACAAGAAGUACGCGUGCUUGGUGAUCGCCACCACAAUCUACUCAGUUGGUGCCGUGGGAACUGGCGUAGACUUGAUCUGCCUGCUCUCUUUUCGGAAAUCUUCGAUAUACCGAAGAACGAAGAGGAGUACGUACCAGACCAUGCUGGCCCCGCUUAAGCGGUCAAAAAUGCUUCAAGUUUGUCGUACAAGUGCUUGCCAACAACAACACAUUAGUUGGAAAACAUUACAACAUACCUGGGGGGGGGGGGGGCGUUCAAUAAUUACAUAAGCACUAUAGGGGGGGUUACCUUUAUUUUUUGGUGAUUACGUCAACAGUAAAACAUUGUCUAAGCUUGAAAACGAAAUUAGAGCAAGGGAUAAAUUGCAGUUAAUCUGCCUACGUAAUACUUGAACGGCCCAUAGUACUUUGCAUUUUUGUGCAUAAAUCACGAAAAUAAAUAGCAAAAGGUAAAAUAAUUGUACGAAAAUCUUGGGCAUACGUACAUUUUAAAUUAACGCUUCUUACGCACGAUUUUAUGGGUUUGUGUCUAUUGGUUUCUACAACUGAUUUAGAAAGUAGUUAUCACAGAGAGGUUUAUUAAUUUUUCAAACAAAUUGUCUAUUAGAGGGGCACUGUGUUUACGAUUAAGUAGUGAUAUCAUACAUAAUAUACGUGUAUUGGUAUAUCUGUAUACGUAAAGCAUGUAAUCAUAGUUUUAGUGUACAUUUAUCUGACUCGAUUUUUCGGUGAAUUCCUAACAUUCGUUUUACUCUAAUGGAUAAUCUAAAUAAAAAUCGGGUCAUCUUAAUUAAAAAUAUAUAUGUAUAUCUAUAAAAUAAUUCGUGUUGUUUUCUAUUCGCGAAUUAUUAUAUUGUAACUUUUACUUAAGACUCUAUUGUUAAAUUUUAGUUCAAGGAAUGUGAUAUGGUGAAUAUGGCCAUCUUAUCCUUGGUCCGCUAUUAUUCGUUAUCCAAUUAUCUUCGAAAAUAGUCAAUAAAUCAGACUCAGGUACAGUGAAUGGUAAAAUUAUCAGUGGAACUGACACAGUAAUAUUUCUAUCUUAUUGUUUACUGAGUUUGGGUUAAAGAAAAUUGAUAAAACAAGUAUUAUCGGGAGGAACAGAAUGAUAGUAGGCCCAGUAUAAAAACAUGAAAAAAAACUUUAUGGCAUACGACUGAUAACUAGUGUUUAUUGGAUUAUAUAGCUGAAGGUCUAUCAUUUGUUAUAUUACAUAUAAGAUUUCAAUUAAUAUUUAGUUUUAAGAAACAAUAACACCUUUUUUUGCUCAACUUCGAUUAGUUUAAACGCGCGCAAUCCGCGAUUAUCAUUAAAUUACCUGUUUCUACUAAAUUUAAGCAAAUUCCCUUCUAAAAGUGAUGUGAUUUUUAGGAUUUUAAUUUUUGAUCGUAAUGUUUGUGAAUUGUAGAUGACAGCUUAACGCAAAAAUUAUCUCAAAGCAUUGUGCGAAUCUAGAAAAAUAUUAAUAUUGUAAUACUAAUACAUUCAAAACGCUUUUCUCUCAUUGAGAGAAAUUAAUUAAACUGAAUCCAAAACGUAUAUCUUAUAAUAUUCAAGAAAUACAACUUUGUUCUUUUUUUUAUAAUUAAUUUGCAAAUCCGUUUUUUUAUAUUUAAUAGCGUUCGUUUCUUCGUAUUUAAUGUUGAAACGGAUAUUAUUCCAAACAUUUACUUAACGUUUGAAGCAACUGACAACGGAAAUGCUAACAUUGAAAAUAAUUUAAGCAUCUAACAUACAAAAUAGCUUUACAUGUAUAAAUACAAUCCGCCCAAGUGGUCGACAAUUACAAAUAUCUAUAUUUAACUUACGAUUUCAUAUCCAAUGCAUAACUGAGAUUCUUUUGCGGUGAGCUGUAUAGAAAGUGUUGUGUUGUGUAUGGAGACGAUUUAAAUGCAUUUAUUAUCUAUUUAGUCAGUUUAUGUCUGCUGUCUGUCUGAACUGUAGAACUUUAACUGGUGGAUCUUUAUGAUUGUACAAAUAGUUGCAUUGUUAUUUACGAAAUCUGAAGCGUAUGUAGUUUCGUUAAUUGUCUUAGAAUUAUUUCUUGUUAUUUUAAUUUGCUACAUUUUAAA